GCAGAGAUGUCUUUUGUUCUAGGGUUGGACAGUACCCAGCUCAAUUUAGGUGCUCAAACCAGCAAUGCCAUCAUCUGAUAAGCUCCCUAGAAAGAAGUAAAUGUUGCUUGUUCUUUGCUGACCACACCAUAUACCUUUUGUAGCACUGCAGCUCCUCUUGCACCACGAGAAGUUGAGCUUUCAACUGGUUACGUUCCUGCAACACAUCUCGCAGCUCCUGUAAUGUGAACCGAGGCCGAUUUGGAUCUGUGAGGUCUAUCACCAUUUUAUCUGGUCCCAAGUUGGGCUGCAAAAUAAGAGAUGUAAAAUAGGGGAUGUGAUCUUGUAACCGGUCACAGCAGGAUGGGAGCGAUGAACGAUUGGGCGCCCAUAGCGAAGGAGUACGACCCCCUGAAAGCAGGGAGCAUCGACGGCACGGAUGAGGAGCCCCACGACCGUGCCGUGUGGAGGGCCAUGCUGGCGCGUUAUGUCCCCAACAAGGGCGUCACCGGAGAUCCUCACCUCACCCUGUUCGUAGCGAGGCUCAAUCUGCAGACGACGGAGGAGAAAUUAAAGGAGGUCUUUUCCCGAUACGGAGACAUCAGAAAGAUCCGUCUGGUUCGAGAUCUGGUCACGGGAUUUUCCAAGGGUUAUGCGUUUAUCGAGUACAAGGAGGAACGCGCUCUGCUGAAGGCCCAUAGAGAUGCCAACAGGCUGGUUGUCGAUCAGCACGAGGUCUUUGUAGACUUCGAACUGGAAAGAACUCUCAAAGGAUGGAUUCCUCGGAGGCUUGGAGGGGGUUUUGGAGGCAAAAAAGAAUCCGGGCAGCUGCGGUUCGGAGGACGGGACAGACCUUUCCGGAAACCCAUUAAUUUGCCAAAUGUGAAAAAUGAUUUCUAUGGAGAAGGCUCAGCAGAGAAAAGAAACUGGUCUCGAGAGGGAGCAAGGGACUGGAGAACAAGAGACCGAGAGCAUGAAAGGAGCAGAGAGAAGAGAGGGCCAGAAAGAGAGCGGUCGUGGGGUUGGGCUGACAGUGAGAGAGAAAGAGACUCAAAAGAGGAGAGGAGCAGAGGGAGAGAGAGGAAGGACAGAGACAGAAAGGACAGAGAGAGAGACCGGAGCAGGGAAAGAGAUGCCAAGAAGCAAAGAGAUGAUGAUAAGUAUCGAUAGCUGGCAGCACCUUGUCUUAAGGGAAUGAUGGGGAGCUCGAGUAUGGUGACUACUCUUUUCUGUAGUGUGAGACAUGCAGUACUGCCCUUAAUGCUGCCUGGGGGCAUGCCUCUGCUGUCAUGGUGAAUGAACUGCUGUGGAGAUGAUGCAGGAAAACGCUGUGCCUUCUGGAGGAUGUGGACACGACUCUGUUGUAGGUGUCACCUUCAGCAUGGGGCUGUGAGCUGCGUUACCCAAACGAGCAGUUUCAUGUUAUUGUCUUGUGCCUUUGACUUUUAUCUGCUAGAAGCUCUCUAUAGUGUGCUCCUAGUGCCGUUGUUCUUCAGAGAAAUUAAACGUUUCUAUUAAUAUUUUAAAGUGGUGAAUAAGAAAUGCACGUUACCAUCCCAUCAAAA